GUCUAUAUUUAUGCACUCGCGACUCCGUUACCUUCCGGAGCCGGUAAUCUUACACCGCUCGUACCUGUUCGGCAAUAACAGUUUUCUGAAAUUGUAAUUACCGUUGGGCAGCCCGCGCCGUAUGUCAUUCUGUAACGCUUUCACGACCUGUUCAGACGCAAUCGAAACCUCAACGCACGCGAUACCGUGUUGCUGUUCAACUCGUUGGUCGGCCCGCAAUCGUUCACGCGGCACCGUCCUCGUAUAGUGGGCAUUUUGCGUUAACGUUACGUUCACGUUUAGGUUAGUACCGGCCGUGCGCAGUUCCCACGUACGUGGACUACGAUGUCCGAGACCGCCAACGGGCCCGCCGCGCGAAUGGUCGCCUGGCAGGUCGAUUCGUACGGCCCGUUCGAAAACUCGGCGAAGCUGAACGCCGACGUCGGUUCGCCCGCGGCCACGGUUGGACCCAAGGAUGUCCUGGUGCGCGUCAGAGCGUCUUCCGUCAACCCCAUAGACGUCCUCAUGGCCGAGGGUUACGGUCAAGUGCUGUUGGGCAGGAUUCGACAAGCAAAAAAUAUGUCCCUAUGCAGGCCGGUCGAGUUCCCGUUAACUUUAGGACGGGAUUUUUCCGGCGAAGUCGUUGCUACGGGAAUCGACGUGCCGGCCGUGGACUUCACCGUGGGAGACUCCGUCAUGGGCGUCGUAGCUCCUUACCAACAGGGCUGUCACGCCGAGCUUGUCGUUGCUCCUGCUGCUCAAGUGAUCAAAAAACCCAAACACAUGUCCGACGAGGAAGCGUCAAGCUUGUUGUACACGGGUUUGACUGCUUGGUGCGCUUUAAAAGUUUCCGGAGGAUUGUAUGUUUUGAACGCUUCCGGUAAAAACGUGUUGGUACUCGGUGGAUCUGGUGGUGUUGGAAAUUGUGCCAUACAAAUAUUGAAGUCUUGGGGCGCUAAGGUAACUACUACUUGUAGUACAAAUGCCAUAAAUUUAGUUAAAGGACUUGGACCAGAUAAUGUCAUAGAUUACACCACUGAAGAUGCACAUAAACAGAUAGAACAAUUUGGAAAGUACGAUUUAAUCCUAGAUGCAGCAGGAAUUCCUUAUGACAGCAUCAAUAAAUAUAUGCCUUUGUUAAAAUGUUGGUCAUUUUCUGGGUUCAUAACUCUACGAAGCCCGAUCUUGCACAACACAGACUCAUAUGGCAUGAUAGCUGGAAUGUUAAAAAAUGCAUAUGAUCUAGUGGUACCAAACAUUGUGUCUGGAGCAGUAUUCAAAGGUUCUUCGAUCAGAUGGGGUACUUUCAUGCCUCUAGAGAGUGGUAUUAAAGAAUUAGCACAAUUAGCCGAAGAAAAAAAACUCGUUGUUCCCAUUGACAGUGUUUUUGAAUUCGCAGACAUGAAGGACGCGUUCAAGAAAGUGAAGAAUGGACAUAUCAGGGGUAAAGUAGUUGUAACGUUUAAUGAUACAAAAAUUAAUACGAAAAAUUAAAUGUAUGAGUCAAAGUGGCGCAUUUCAAUGUAUGAUUAUUCGUUUAUCUUUUGUAGUAUGAUAAAUCUUUAUAAUCAAAUUUUAAUCUAUUAUGAUGGUUAGCUUUCACAUGUAUUAUUAAAAAUAAAAUAAAUUA